CGAAGGCGUGGGUACAUUGUUCUACCAACAAAAAAAAGGGCAAUCAACAAAGUCGCGAAAGUUUUUGGGGUAAAAUUUUAGAGCACUUUAACAAAACUAUCGGUGGAAGUAACCGGACCGUUCAUCAAGUACGGUCUAAAUGGAACCCGAUGCAUGCGAAAAUAAACUUUUUCAACGGCCUAUACCAACAAGCGGAUCGCACACGAGCAAGUGGAUGUCAAGAUCUCGACGUGAUGAAAGUCGCGUUAAAAGAAUUUAAAGAAAGAUUUCCAAGCGGUUUUCAACACAUCGAGGCGUGGGAGGUCGUUCGAAAACACGAGAAAUGGGCCCAAGUCCCAUUGAUGGGCGAGGAAGGUGAAGGUUCGGCACAUAAAAGAAAGCCGGUUGAAGUAGACUUUUCAAUACCGGAUAUUAACGAAGAUCCCUCGCCACAAAGAGCACAACGGCGAGACAAGCGUCAAGCUACAUCGUCCGAGGGAAGCUCGGCCGAGUUGGCGGCACAAUUCAAAGUGUACACCGCCAUGAAAGAAGCGAAGCAAGCGGUAGAAUUGGAGGCGAUCGAAUUGAGGAAAAAAAGAGAGUCGGAGGCUCGCGAGCUCAUAUCGGUACAAAUCGAGACGAUGAAAAACUACAAUUACGAUCGAGAUAUGAAAACCUUCCUUAAGCCGCACGACGAUGUUCCGCCAAGUAUGUUGCCGAUCAUCCUAGCCCGAAAGCGAGAAAUCGCUAACAAGUACGGGUGGCCAUGCGAUUUCUAGUUUGAAUGUAUUUUUUUUUCUAGUUUGAAUGUAUUUUUUUUUUCUAGUUUGAAUGUGU